UCAACCUACCAGUUCUCUCCAUAGCUAUUUUUCUGAUACCUUCUGAGCUUUUAUAUUGCGUCUACUUUGCCCAACACAGAGCUGAGCCUUAAGUUAAUUUACCAAAAACCCGCCGCAACAAGCUUCUUGUACUUCCUCUCAGUUGGGUAUUACAUCAACAAUGGCCAUGCAGUCCUUCCUUGCAAGCUCAAUGACCCUUGUCUCAGGUACAACUAGGGUUUCCCAGUUUGUUCCUUCAACCUAUGUCCCGAGCUUGCAGAGGAAUGCCAACUUCCGAGUCCGUUCCAUGGCCGAGAAAGGUGAAAAGGAAGAAUCAAGCCCUGUCACUGCUCCAUCCCUGACGCCUCCUCCUAAACCCGCCCCAGCAGCGAAGGUGAGCACAAAAUUUUCCGAUGUGUUAGCAUUCAGUGGGCCGGCACCAGAGAGGAUCAACGGCAGAUUGGCGAUGAUCGGCUUUGUUGCUGCGAUCGGGGCAGAAUUAGCUAGUGGUCAGGAUGUGUUCACCCAGUUAUCGGACGGUGGGGUACCAUGGUUCCUUGGUACCAGCAUUGUGCUGUCACUGGCAUCUUUAAUUCCUCUGUUUAAAGGAGUUACCGUGCAAUCUAAGUCAGAGGGGCUAAUGACCUCAGAUGCAGAGCUAUGGAAUGGUAGAUUUGCUAUGUUGGGUUUGGUUGCUUUGGUUUUUACCGAGUAUUUAAAGGGUGGUGCCCUUGUGUAAAGGCUCAAAAUAGUAGGUGUUCAUUUAGUAAAUGUAUGGGAAUGAUCUUAUGUUUUCAUCCUUAUUGGAGAUUUGUCAAAUGAAAUAGAAUCAUAUUUCUUCAAAGAAGAACCUUCUUUUUUUCAUGCACUCCUUCAAAGGUCGGGUUUCAUGCAUACUUAAUGAAAGGUUGUCACAAAAAUAAUUUGUACUCGUGUAGAAUGUUUAUUUUAUUCAUCCACCCGCACCCCAACCCCAAUAGAAGAAAUUUUGUUGAUGUAAAACUCAAAAGUUCAUCUUUAUUAGAAGUCCGUUUAUUAGUAAAGAU